AGUUUCUCGGAUAUCAGCUGCUAGCUAGUAUAUUGGGCAAGCCAUGGCUGGAUACUUGAAGGUCCUCAGCUCUCUUUCUAGGUCGGCAGCCACUUUCUCCAAAAGCCCUGCCGUGCUCGCGCCAGUUUCAACAUGCCCGAGUUUGCAGCAGAGGAACUAUGGAGACAAGCGCAUCAAGGUGUCCCAGCCCGUAGUGGAGAUGGACGGAGAUGAGAUGACCAGGAUCAUCUGGGAGUUCAUCAAAGAGAAGCUGAUCCUGUCCAAUGUAGAUGUGGAGCUGAAGUACUACGAUCUGGGUCUGCCAUACCGUGACCAAACUAAUGAUCAGGUCACCAUCGACUCAGCCCUGGCUACCCAGAAGUACCAUGUAGCUGUUAAAUGUGCUACCAUCACUCCAGAUGAAGCCAGAGUAGAAGAGUUCAAACUGAAGAAGAUGUGGAAGAGCCCGAACGGAACCAUCAGGAACAUCCUGGGUGGCACAGUCUUCCGUGAGCCCAUCAUCUGCAAGAACAUUCCCAGGCUUGUUCCAGGUUGGACGCAGCCCAUCACAAUCGGCAGACACGCUUUUGGUGAUCAGUAUAGAGCAACCGACUUCGUUGUCAACCAACCAGGCACAUUCAAGAUGGUCUUCUCCCCCACUGAUGGGAGCAAAGGCCAGGAGUGGGAGGUCUACAACUUCCCCGGUGGUGGCUGUGGAAUGGGAAUGUACAACACAGAUGAAUCUAUUUCAGGCUUUGCACACAGCUGCUUUCAGUAUGCCAUUGGAAAGAAGUGGCCCCUAUACCUGAGCACCAAGAACACCAUUCUCAAAGCCUAUGAUGGCAGAUUCAAGGACAUCUUUGAGGAAAUCUUUCAGGCGAACUAUAAGCCAGAGUUUGACAAGCUGAAGAUCUGGUAUGAGCACAGGCUCAUUGAUGACAUGGUUGCCCAGGUGUUGAAGUCUGAUGGCGCCUUUGUGUGGGCCUGCAAGAACUACGAUGGGGACGUCCAGUCUGACAUCCUGGCUCAGGGUUUUGGCUCUUUGGGCCUGAUGACGUCGGUGCUGGUGUGUCCCGAUGGAAAGACCAUUGAGGCCGAGGCUGCGCACGGCACAGUGACUAGACACUACCGUGAGCACCAGAAGGGAAACCCAACUAGCACCAACCCCAUUGCCAGCAUCUUUGCUUGGACCAGAGGGCUUGAGCAUCGGGGUAAACUUGAUGGCAACCCCGACCUGAUCAAGUUUGCUCUGACUCUGGAGAGGGUGUGCGUAGAGACUGUUGAGAGUGGUGUCAUGACUAAGGACCUUGCCGGCUGUAUUCAUGGACUUUCUAAGUGCAAGCUAAAUGAGCAUUAUGUCAACACUGAAGACUUUCUGGAUGCCAUCAAGAAAAACCUUGACAAAGCUUUGGGCAAGUGAAGGACUUAAAGUACAAGUACAGCUAGAUCUUUGUCCUUCAGUUUUUUUACCUCAUUUUUAACUUAGGUCAAGAAAACCACAUGCAAAUUGUCUGUAGGAAGAAUGAAUAUGUAGGGAAUUAGCUAUGUAGUGUGCCAGGUUUGGUAAUUCUAUAAUGGAGAGCUGUCCUUCACCCUUCUAUCCUCUUGUCUCCAAGGUUCUAUUUUUGUAAUGUGAAGUACUGUAUUCAGAUAUCUUGGAAGAAUCAACUUGAAGGCCAUGUCAAUAUUUGCUAAUAAAUCUUCCUUGUU